CCCCCACACACCCACACGCGUGAAGGACGACUCCCGAAAAUGAUGCACGUGAAUAAUUUCCCCUUCAGGAGGCAUUCGUGGAUCUGUUUCGAUGUAGACAAUGGCACAUCAUCAGGACGGAGUCCCUUAGACCCAAUGACGAGCCCUGGCUCGGGGCUCAUUCUACAGGCCAACUUUGCACAUGGUCAGCGGCGGGAGUCCUUCCUGUACCGGUCUGACAGUGACUAUGACCUCUCUCCGAAGUCUAUGUCCAGAAACUCCUCCAUUGCAAGUGACAUAGGGUCCCAACGCCCUCCAAAUGAGAGAUCACGAUGCUGCUCCACCGGGUUGAAUUUCUUGAUAAAUCGCCAUCAGAGACCCGGUUUGGUUUCAAGGAGAUCAGAACCAGUGCUUACAUUGGCUGUAGGAAACCAUGGAGAUGACCUUAUUGUGACCCCAUUUGCGCAGGUGCUAGCCAGCCUGCGCACUGUAAGGAACAACUUUGCUGCACUGACCAACCUGCAAGAUCUAGCGUCCAGUAGCAAGCGCUCACCAAUCUGUAACCAGACACCCAUUACUAGGACAAACUUUACAGAGGAGGCCUACCAAAAACUUGCAACUGAGACCCUGGAGGAGCUUGACUGGUGCCUGGACCAGUUGGAGACCCUGCAGACCAGGAAUUCUGUCAGUGAAAUGGCAUCCAAUAAGUUCAAGAGAAUGCUCAAUCGGGAGCUUACUCACCUGUCUGAGAUGAGCCGAUCUGGCAAUCAGGUCUCCGAAUUCAUAUCCAGUACAUUUUUGGACAAGCAACAUGAGUGUGAAAUGCCGUCACCCUCACAGAAAGAUAAGGACAAGAAGAAGAGGCCAAUGUCACAGAUCAGUGGGGUCAAGAAACUCACGCACAGCUCGAGCUUAACAAAUUCCAGUAUAGCCAGGUUUGGUGUCAAAACUGACCAGGAGGAACUCCUGUCAAAGGAAUUAGAAAAGGUUAACAAAUGGGGCCUUAAUAUCUUUAAAGUAGCAGAACAUUCUGGAAAUAGACCUUUAACGGUUGUCAUGUAUACAAUUUUUCAGGAGCGAGAUUUGUUAAAAACCUUCAAAAUUCCAGUAGAUACCUUACUUACAUACUUAAUGACCCUGGAAGACCAUUACCAUGCAGAUGUGGCCUUUCACAACAACAUUCACGCAGCAGAUGUUGCUCAAUCCACUCAUGUACUACUAUCAACACCUGCAUUGGAGGCUGUCUUCACAGAUCUGGAGGUCCUGACUGCAAUAUUUGCCAGUGCUAUUCAUGAUGUUGAUCACCCUGGCGUCUCAAACCAGUUCCUCAUCAACACAAAUUCAGAACUUGCCUUGAUGUACAAUGAUUCAUCAGUCCUAGAGAAUCAUCAUUUGGCCGUUGGCUUUAAGCUGCUACAGGAAGAGAACUGCGACAUUUUCCAGAAUUUGACCAAGAAACAGAGACAGUUGCUGAGGAAGAUGGUCAUUGACAUUGUUCUUGCUACGGAUAUGUCCAAACACAUGAACCUUUUAGCUGACUUGAAAACCAUGGUAGAAACAAAGAAAGUGACCAGCUCUGGUGUACUUCUCCUGGACAAUUACUCAGACAGGAUACAGGUUCUGCAGAACAUGGUACAUUGUGCAGACUUGAGCAACCCCACAAAGCCUCUGCAGCUGUACCGUCAGUGGACAGACAGGAUCAUGGAAGAAUUCUUUCGCCAAGGCGAUCGAGAAAGGGAAAGGGGAAUGGAAAUAAGCCCCAUGUGUGAUGAGAACAAUGCUUCUAUUGAAAAAACACAGGUGGGUUUCAUAGACUACAUUGUCCAUCCACUUUGGGAGACAUGGGCUGACCUGGUCCAUCCUGAUGCACAGGACAUGUUAGAUACACUGGAGGAUAACAGGGAGUGGUAUCAGAGCACAAUCCCACAGAGCCCUUCACCUGCACCUGAUGAGGAUGAGGAGGGACGGCCAGGACAGGUCGACAAGUUUCAGUUUGAAUUAACACUAGAGGAAGAUUGUGAAUCAGACACUGAAAAGGACAGUGGUGCCAGUCAGGGAGAAGAUGACAACAGUUGCAGUGACUCAAAGACACUUUGCACCCAGAACUCUGAAUCCACAGAAAUUCAACUUGAUGACCAGGGAGAUGAAGAAGAAGAUGAUGAUGAUGCUCCGAUAGAAAUUUGUGCAGUGGAGGAAGAGGAAGAGGCUGCAGACACAUAACAAUGUUGACGGGAAAAAUAUCUUGGAAACGGCUUCCAAGCACACAUGUAGCCACAGCCAAGUCUCACCCUCAUCUACCAGGACUUUGUACGUCACAAAGUCUGGAAUCAUCUAGAUGACUUUGCACUCAGGAAAUACCGUCAGAAUUUCAGCUCCACGUCAACAUUAAAGCAUGGGGGAAUCCAUUUCAAAACUAGUUGACCACUGCUACUAUCAGAUUCGCAAAUCUGACAUAGGAAUGGAUUGUUUUUUUUGGUGAGGACAAAAAUAUUAAAAACCAAAUGUGGGUUAUGUUUUCACAAGGCUGUUAGAGGUUUGAGCUUUUUCUUUUACCGAUGAGAAGAAAGUUACAAUAUCAAUUUAUGUUGAUAUGAUUAUGCUGCGGACUCUGGUUUCAGCAAACCUUUCGAUAAUGACGCAUGAAGCGCACAGUAUUGUGUGAGAUUGAGCUCAGUGAGGAUCUGUCACCAGUGGGAAGAUCACCUCUGGAAAUCAUGAGACGUUUUAUAAGUUCAAGUCUUCCUUGAAACCUGACUGUAAAAAACUGUACAACUUAUAAGUUGUACUGACCUCUUUUUGUAUCAUAUGUAAUACAGAGAACUUUUUUAGAUUUUACUUUUAUUAAUACAGAUUUAUGGAGGUAUUAUAUUUAAAAAAUACUUUGAACUUUCAUCUGUAAUCGCUAGAUAUUACAAGUAACUUGCAAGUUCUCUGUACAAAUCUUAAAUACUGAGUACUAGUAGUUCUUGGUCAUGUUGCACCUUGUGAUUUUAUCACUUAAGAUAGCUUCAGGCAAUUAUUCUUUGUAGGUUUGUAACACAAAUGCCAUACACCUGGACUCCACACCUUUCUUCAUCGCAUCUAUUAGCGGCAUCGAAAAGGCAUUGGAUUUAUAAGAAGCACUGUUCCUUUAAAUGCUGCUCAGACAGGUAAUGGAAACAUCUCAAAAGCAGAAUAAUCGAUCUAGAGGAAUGGUAGGCCGUCUCAGGAGUUGGGGAUAAAAUGCACUGAAUUUCACAACACGCUUUUUCUUGUCAAAGUGCGGUCGUGAGUGACGCACUGCUUGUGUGUUUUUUAAAAAAACAACGUUUUUUUUGAAAAAGCAAAACUGCAUUAAGUGGCUUUAAGAUUCUGAUGAAAUCUUUCCAUAUAAAAUUGUGAGGAGUUUAAUAGACUACUGUAUAACAGUGCUUAUAGCUUCCAAAUCAGUACACUCUAGCUUGCAAGUUACUGUACCAAUAGAAUGCUUUCUCCACCUCCUUCCCCAUGGAUAUUAUGAUGAAAGUAUGUAGGUAGAAUAAACUGUAAAACUUGAAUAGAUCUGGCUGUUAAGGAGCACCUGUUGAAUGAGCUCGUUUUACUGCAUUAUUUAAUUUUUGGUGCCAUACCUAUUUUUUUCCUCACCAGAUGACCUUACCUGUAAUCCAGUCUUGUUUCUCUCUGUUUACAACCAUGUAUUUAUUGAACUGUACAUACUGUAAUGUUUAUUGUAAAUUAUUGAUUCUUAUUAUAACAUAAUUCCUAACAGGGUGGUGUUGCUGUAUUGGAAACUCUUGGUCAGAGAAUGGAUAUACUUAUUCCUGUAAAUUUAUCUGUAAUAUUAUCACCUACAGCUUGGCUAAGGAGAACUUUGAGGAAAUCAAAACCUGACGUAGAACAGUUGCAGGUCUUUGGCCCCAGGGCUGUGCCUUAACUUUCUCCAAUGUAUUGUUACUAUCUGCUGCAUUUCAAAGCGUAAUAGCUGAGUGACAGUUCGAUGAAAGGGGAGAUUCUUUUUCCAAAAAAACAAGAGCCUCCUUUUUUGACACGCAAACUGUAGAUUUCAGCAGCCCUGGCCCAAAGGAAUUGGAUAAUUUUUUGUUUAUUGAGUUCGAUAGUAAUAAAAGGGAUACACAAACAAAAUGCUAAUUACAGAGACUCCUGAACAAUUCAUUUUGCUUUGAAUAUGUCUUUGGAACGCCAACUUGUUUGGAGGUUGCUGAAGAAAACUCUUUCAGUGUUUUCCUAGUCUCUUACAGUCUACAGUUUAGUACUGUAUAUCAUGCUCACAACCUUCAUAAAAUGUUUUUAUAUGCAAUGAAAAAUAAAAGCAUGAGUUGAUUCUACUUGAACACCA